GUCAAAAUCAGACCACACUUAAACACAACCAGACUAGACUUGAAUAGUCAUAAAAUACAUAAAGACCAGACAUAGUCACAUAACCAGACUCAAGUACUAAUCAGACAAGACCAAACAAAAAAAAUCAAACUAAUUAAAUGUAGUGUCUAUAUAUAUACACGAAGUAUAAGACAUAUUUGUCUAUCUUCUAGACAUCCAUAACAGGAAAAGAUGAAGUUUUUUCGAAGACAGAUUCUUGUGGUACUAUUGAUGGAAAUGUGUGCUUUGAAUGUGUUAGUAUUGCAUGGAGACCCCUCUUCUUCUUCGUCAUCAUCCGGUGAUCUUGAUGUGGAUUGCAUGGAUAAGUGCUUCCCCGACAAUGACUGCGUCGGCGGGGAAAAAGAUUAUCUUGAAUGUGUGAUGGCGGAGCUUGAUGCAUGCACGGAGGAUUGUGGUGGCGGCUCGCCGGGAUCUCAUCCUCUGGCAAUGGUUCCCGCGCCUUCUCCUACGCCUUCUUCUCGCAAAAAAAAUCAAUAUUAUAUUAGGUGACAACUCUGGUACCCAUUUAAAAAAUGGGGGUACCGUACCUACCAUUGACUUGAUUGGUUCACAC